UCUCUAGACCCAAAGCAAAAGAAAUACAGUCUAGGAGUCCGAUGUUAGUAUUUCAGCGACAUUAAUUGAUUAAUUAGAACGAAUCAGAAUGGGGAGCGAGAAGAAGUCUAGGAAAAGAAGUUCACCUUCAUCAUCCUCAGAAGAUGACAAGGUUAAAAGCGAUAAACGGCAUAAAAGCAGCAGCAGUAGUAGCCACAGAGACAAGAAAUCCCACAAGCAUUCUAAACAUUCUGAUAAGAAAGUAAAGAAGUCAGAAGAGAAGCGUGACAAUAAACGUCGCAGACACAAUCUUCUCCCAGGGGAAGAGCUUUCCAAGGAGGACUAUUUUGCAAAGAAUAAUGAGUUCUCAACCUGGUUGAAAGAAGAAAAAAGAAAGUUUUUCAGUGAUCUUUCAUCUGAAGCUUCACAUGACCUGUUUUUGGAGUUCAUCAAGGUCUGGAACAAAGGAAAGCUUGAAGAACGGUACUACAAAGGCAUUUCAACUGCCCCACGAACUGCUCACAAUUGGAAGAUUAGACCUGAGAAGGUUUCUUGAGCAGUCCUAGGAAACCCCACUAGUCUUGCAGGCCUCUUUCAUAUCCAGAUCCUUAGGGUACCUUUUAACAUGUUCUUUUGGUUUGUCAGUCUGCGUCUAAAUAGUCUUUUGACUGGCCUCGUAUGUUCUUCCAAUAUUUUGAGUUAGCCUGUAGUCAACUCCAAAUCAAGAAUCUGGGUUACGAUCAAAAUAUAAUUGAACAGUUUGCAUAUCCAGGUCAUUAGAGCACCUCUGUUACAUGCUUUCUCUAUGUAAGUUUCAACCUUUUUUUUCUUUUUUUUCUUUCUUUGAAGCAGAACUAUUUGCUGUGUUAGCUUCUAAUCAACUAUAAGUUUAGAAUCUAAGUUAGUAAGGAUGGACAAGUAUUUCCUCAA